UGAGACUCAAUUAACCCAAAUAUUCUUCUGUGAAACAAGUUCUCCAUCGAGUUUAGCAUUAUACUCAUCAUGUUCUCCUUUCAUGUCAACAACUGGCGCCUACAUUACCCACAAUGCAAUUUGACUUUCUAGCAGUAAUUCCACAUGAACUGGCAAUUGGUGUUUUCAUGGAAAUAACAUGUUCAUUUGUAGCUUUAGACAUGCAGGUGGAUUUUCUUCGCUUUAGACAGAGAAAGUCAAUAUGCUAAGCUAAGCUAACUGCUGGCUCGCUUCACAUUUAAUGGACAGACAUGAGAGUGGGUGGGUGGAUACAUUUCUACAGUCUACAGUACAUGUUAAGGUUUCAGUUACACACCUCUGACGUGGAAUUGUCCUCAAUCACAGGGUUAAAGUAUACUUUGGGUCACUGCAGAUGAACUUUGUCCGCCAUUAUAAAACUGAUAAGUACCACUGUUUAAAGAGUUUUGCAUUGUUGGCUCUGACUUGAGAUCAGCUUCUCUGCCAAACCUCAGCCUCCGUCAUUAAAGCUAAGUAGUAAAUUGCCGAAUUAAUCUUUCAUAUCUGCCAAUGACUAACUCCUCCCAAAUCUAAUAAAAGCCUUAAAUACAAGUGCCACGGCACAUCACAUCAGCCUCACCGCAGAACUCUUACUCUCUUGAACUUCAUCUGUAAACGGCAUGAGGACUCUUCGGGAGAAAAUCAUCGUUCUCUCAGUUGUUGUGUCUCUGAUCUGUGCCAUUCAGGUCGAUUCACUGCCUGUUCCUGAAGACUGGAAUGGUUUGAUCCAGCGCACCAAACGGUCACUGCUGUGGCGUUGGAACAGCAUGAAGCCUGUGGGUGCCAGCUGCAGGGACUACUUAGAGUGUGGCACACACUACUGCAGGAAAAAUAUCUGUUCCUUCUGAAGCGGAUACACAAAUAUAACUCCACCAAGAUGACGAAACAAACAUCUGCCUUAUGGACCAAAGUGACCUGUCUCAAGAUGAACCAUGUAUAACAUAACUGCUCUAAUAUUCCAGCACUUUAACAGAGUCUGUGCAUUAAGUUCAAGUAUUCUGAUCUGGCACUUCACUGCAGCAACACAAAGCAGUAAAUGCUGCAUGCACAUGAACAAUCACACGGCUCCAUCUAGAGCAAUAUAUUUUAUCAUUUAAUUAAAACACUUGCAGGACAUAAGACAAGCUCUGUAAAAUGUAAAAAAAAAGAAGGAAAAUAUAAAU